CUAUCGAUAGUGCCAUAGACUAAUUUGCAGCCCUACGCUGUCUGUCGUUUCGUUCCUCGAAAAGGUGCGAAUUCGAGUUGAUAUUUCAUUAAUUUAUUACUGACUACAAUAAAUAAAUAUGUUCAAAAAAUUCGAAGAAAAAGACAGUAUCUCGUCGAUACAACAGCUCAAGUCGUCCGUACAGAAGGGCAUACGUGCCAAGCUCCUAGAGGCUUACCCUAAGCUGGAGACACAUAUUGACUUGAUAUUGCCGAAAAAGGACUCUUACCGCAUUGCUAAAUGCCACGAUCACAUCGAAUUGUUGCUGAAUGGCACCGGCGAGCAAGUAUUCUUUCGGCACCGCGAUGGUCCUUGGAUGCCCACACUCCGCUUGCUGCACAAAUUCCCCUAUUUUGUAACCAUGCAGCAGGUGGACAAGGGCGCCAUUCGUUUCGUGCUCAGUGGCGCGAAUGUUAUGUGCCCCGGCCUGACUUCGCCGGGCGCCUCCAUGACACCUGCUGAGAAGAGCACUGUCGUGGCUAUUAUGGCUGAGGGCAAGGAGCACGCAUUGGCCAUCGGUCUUCUCACACUAUCUACCGAAGAUAUUUUAAAAGUCAAUAAGGGCAUCGGCAUAGAGACUUAUCAUUUCCUUAACGACGGCCUUUGGAAAUCGAAACCCAUCAAAUAAAAACAGUCACAGCUCAGCUGCUGGCCAGCAAACCGUCGCCGUCACCGUCGUAGUCUUCGUCAUCGUCAUGAGAGCAAAGAAUGGUUUUCGAUAUGCUGCAAAAAAACGAAAUUUUUUUUUAACUUGUUCACUAGUUACUCUAUAUAGAAAUAUAUGUAAUUAAUUGCAUUUAAUACCAAA